GGGAGGCGGGCGCUGCGCCUUUAAGCCGAGCCGGAGGAAGAGGCCGCGGCGGCUGCGAGCGAGGAGGGAGACGGCCCCUCUCCCCAGCGCCAUGGAGGCCUCUUCCGGCCUCCCCAUGGUCCAUGUGGACUUCCCCGAGGUCACCAGCGCCCUGCUGGAGAAUCUCAACCAGCAGCGGGUGGAGGGCAAGCUGUGCGACAUCGCCAUCCAUGUCCAGGGCCGCGUCUUCCGGGCCCACCGGGCCGUGCUGGCCGCCUCCUCGCCCUACUUCCACGACCAGGUGCUCCUGAAGAACAUGACAUCCAUCGUGCUGCCCAGCGUCAUGGACCCCGUGGCCUUCGAGACGGUGCUGGGCUCGGCCUACACGGGCAAGCUGAGCAUGGCCUCGGACGAGAUCGUCAACUACCUGACGGUGGGCAGCGUCCUGCAGAUGUGGCACAUCGUGGACAAGUGCACCGAGCUGCUGAAGGAGCGCCGGGGUGCCUUCCUGGGGCCUUCCUCGUCCUCUUCGUCCUCCUCCUUCCGCGCCCACUCCAGCCGCACCAGCGACAACCAGUCGCCCAGCAGCAGCAACUACUUCAGCCCCCGCGACACGGGUGAGGGCCCCGAUCAUGGCAAGUUCCACCCGCUGCGGGGGGCGCUAGCAGGAGAGCGGGACGACCACGACGAGGAGGUCAUCUUCCAGACCGAAAAGGGCCCCCCACGCUGCCCGGACCCCUUCGCCAGCGGCAGCAAGUUCGUCCUGGAGACGGAUGAUGACGUCAGCGACAGCAGCGAGGGCCGGCGCCCAGCCUACGUGCGCCCCAGCAUCAUGCCCCAGAAGCAGUGGGUCUUCGUCAAAAAGGAGCGCUCCCAGGAGGACCUGGUGCUGACCUGCGAGGAGGACGAGGACCCCGUGGAGGUGGCCGGGCCGGCGCCCGAGGCCGCCCUUAGCAUCAGCGAUGUACGCACCCUGACGGAGCCCAGCGGGGGCGGCUCAGGGGGCAAGUUGGAGGAGCAGGUGAACUUCUGCGAGUCCUCGGAGGACUUCCCCUCGGCCUACGAGGGCCUGGAGGAGGCUGCCCCCUUUGCGGCACGGGGCGCCCUCCUGCCCAUGGACAUGCAGGGCAACCAGAUUGUGGUGUUCCCUCCGCAGGCGCCGGUGGAGCACGGGGCGGUGCAGCUGGCGGCCGGCUCGGGCGACGGCAACAAGAUCUUCAUGUGCCACUGCGGCAAGGCCUUCUCGCACAAGAGCAUGCGCGACCGGCAUGUCAACAUGCACCUCAACCUGCGCCCCUUUGACUGCCCCGUCUGCAACAAGAAGUUCAAGAUGAAGCACCACCUGACCGAGCACAUGAAGACCCACACGGGGCUCAAGCCCUACGAGUGCGACGUCUGCGCCAAGAAGUUCAUGUGGCGAGACAGCUUCAUGCGGCACAAGGGCCACUGCGAGAGGAGGCACCGCCUGGGAGGGGGGGCGGGCGUCUCCGCAGGGGGCGGCCCGGCAGCCGCCAAGAAGGAGGCAGCAUCCCCCUCCCGGAUGGGCACUGAGGCCGAGUGGGGCACCGGGAGGUCCCCCCGCAGCGAACUGGGCUUUGCGGGGAGCAGCAAGAUGUAAGAGGGGAGCAGGGGGGCAGCCCAAGCCAGC